UAGGCGCUCGCAUAUGCAGCCGCCAUAUUCUGUGACAGUAUUUUGAUUGGUGUCUGUUGGACGUAAGAAAAGAAAAGAGAAAAUAAAGUGGGAGUAGAGGGGGUAAAGAAGAAGAGCUGUCAAAAUAAUUCCCGUGUCUCUGAAACAGCGGGGGGCUGUAGUAACCCCCCACUCGAGUCAAAACAGAGAAGUCCAGAGUGCCGUAGAAACUCCGUUCACGAAGUCCCCCCCCCCUCCCUCCGCUCUUCUUUCAGCACCACGGCCCUGUGGAGAUUCGGUGGCUGUGUCUCGGGUGUUGAAGGUGGCCCGGGGAGCGGCGGCGGAGACGAAGAUGCUCAAGUUGUGGCUGAGGUGCUGCCACCACUGAGGCGUCGUCAGUGUGCUGAACGGAGCGAGCAGAGCAGUCCUGACCUGGCAGUACACGAAUGGCCCAGGGAAGCCACCAGAUUGACAUCCGGGUUUUGCACGACCUGCGCCAGAAGUUCCCUGAAGUUCCAGAGGGUGUUGUUUCCCAGUGUGUUCUGCAGAACGACAACAAUUUGGACGCCUGUUGUGAGUACCUGUCUCAGGUGAGCCCGGGGUACUUGUACAGCGAAGGAGGAAACCUCAGCAACAACGACGACCCCAGCUUCAUCAGGCUCCGCAAUCACAUGACCCAGCUGAACCUGGGCCUGCAGUCUCAGUUUCAAAAUGUGCAUGCGGCCCCGGGACGGGACGGCCUGAGGAUGAACGGCAGCAGGACUCUGUCCCACAGCCUGAGUGACGGGCCCCUCCAGACAGGACAGACCCCCAACAGUGACUUCUUCCAGCAGGAGCCCCAGUCAGCCCCUGUGCAGGCACCCUCCAGCCUCAAUGUGUUUGCCGUGAUGGAGCCCACGCGCAAGCCCCAGCCGCCCCAGCACCUGGGACUCUACCAGCUGGGGGGCAAAGGGCAGUCCAUGGGCCAACAUGGCCAGCAGGCGCCCCGCUUCAACCCCAUCACCGUCACCCUGGCCCCCAACAUCCAGACGGGACGCAACACCCCCACCUCUUUGCACAUACACGGCGGGCCCCAUACACAAUCCGGACUGAGCAGUCCACAGGGUAACUCUAUCUACAUCAGGCCUUAUGUGACCCAGCCCGGCGGUACGACCCGGCAAAGCCAGCAGCAGCAGGCUGGCAGGGCCCAGUACAGCCCCACCUCCCAGCCCCAGCAGCAGAUCUAUCAGAUCUCCCAUCCCACUUCACUGCCUGGCUCCCGGACAGGCCCUUCCUGCCAGCAGCACCAGCACGGCUCCUCACAUACCUCACAGCACCAGUCACAGGGCCACCAGACCUCCCAUGUCUACAUGCCCAUCAGCUCCCCUACCAACCCACAGGCCCCCUCUAUCCUCCAGGCCCCCUCUGGAGGUCAGGCCUCCUCCUCUGGUGCCUCGUCCUCGGUCAUGCCCUCUGGCAUGUCCUCCUUCAGCCAGUACAACAUCCAGAACAUCUCCACUGGACCGCGCAAGAACCAGAUAGAGAUCAAACUUGAAUCUCCUCAGAGGAGCAACUCCACCACGACCACACUGCGCACCAGCAGCAGCUCCCGCUCCAACUCCUCCACCUCCUCCUCCUGCCCGUCAUCCUCCUCCUCUGUCGGUGCAGCCCCUGGCACCACCACUACCCCCCUGUCCAUCGGAGGCCCGGGCCUAAGCCGCAGCCAGCCCACUGUUUACAUCUCUGCCAGCCCGCCCACCGCUGCUACUACCACCCCCUCUGACGAGGCCGUAAUGGUCCCAACCGGCUCUCGCUCCCAGCCCAAGUUUUACAUUACUGCUAAUAACGAUGACGGUGGAGGCAGAAAUCCUCCAACCGUCUACAUCUCUGCUCAACCUCCUCCGCACGGGUCGCAGGGGGCCCGGAAUAUGGGGGGCCAGGUGAGCAUGGGCCCCGCCUACAUCCACCACCACCCACCCAAGUCCCGCGCGUCUAUGGGAGGGGCAGGCACGGCCACCUCGCCCAGGGUGGUGGUCACCCAGCCCAACACCAAGUACACUUUCAAAAUCACAGUGUCCCCCAACAAGCCCCCAGCAGUGUCCCCUGGCGUCGUUUCCCCUACCUUUGAGGCCACCAACCUCCUCAGCCUCCCGUCAGACCACCAUUUUGUGGAGCCAGAGCCCCAUCAUCUCUCAGACCCUCUGUCUGCAUACAGGGAGAGGCCCAGCGAGCCACGCAGACUCAGCAUGGGUUCAGACGACGCUGCAUACACACAAGCCCUGUUGGUUCACCAGAAGGCCCGUAUGGACCGGCUGUGGCAUGAGCUGGAGUUAAAAAAGAGGACGCUGGAGAAGCUAAAAGAGGAGGUCAACGAGAUGGAGAAUGACCUGACUAGGAGACGGCUAGAACGAUCCAACUCCCAGUCCCAAAUCCCCUCGAUUGAGGAAAUGCAGCAGUUACGAUGCAAAAACAGGAUACUACAGAUUGAUAUCGACCUUUUAACCAAAGAAAUCGAUCUUCAAACAAGAGGACCCCACUUUAAUCCCAGUGCAAUUCAUAACUUCUAUGACAACAUUGGAUUCCUAGGUCCCGUCCCACCCAAACCCAAAGGUACUUUACGUGUUGAGCCAGAGGGUCAGGGGACAGACGGAAGAAUAUUUAAUGUCACCUCCACGCUAACCAUGGAGCCCUCUUCUGCCCCUCCUCCUCCCGCUGCUCUCCCCCUGGAGUCAGACCAGGAGGAAGACGAGGGUACGCAGUGGAGCUGCACUGCCUGCACCUUCCUCAACCACCCCGCCCUCAACCGCUGUGAACAGUGCGAGUUCCCACGGCACUUCUGAGCCACAAAGACGCCGACAAUACCCAACACCCUGCUCCACUUUUCUAUGAGAGUCAAAGAAACUAGAUUUGAAAGGCUUUUCUUUUGCUAGUGGUAAGAAAAUGAAUGGACAGGGUUUGUAGUUUUUUCCAUUUUGGGCCUGUUUCUUUUCCCCCCCCUCCUCCGAGGUUUGUAUAAUGCUGAAGGCUUGACUGGAUAGUGUUUACAGGUUGUGUUACUUUACUUAGCCAGCAGAGUUGGAGGAUACCUCACCUUGGAGUCUCUGCAUGCAUGGGGUCAUCCCCCUUCCCUGCUCAACGCUCGACGGGCGACUUUACCCCUGGGGAUGCCUCGCUGCUUCCUUAUACAGUAUUAUCGGUGUCCUGCAGUGUGAGGGCACACACACACGCACGAAAACCAACAUGGGUGCCUUUGCUGAUUUGUGAUGGCCUAAUCAGGAAUGGGAACUUUGGUCAGCUGUCACCUCACACCUGAAGGGAAAACUAACAGACUACUUGUGGACUAUUUGUUUGGUUUCUGUUUCUAUAGGAUGGCUGGGGGAAACUCAGUGUUAUUACUGCCACCAAAACCUGCCUCUCGUUCUGCCCUGUAGUGUCCCUUAUCAAUCUCUUCAAUCUACAGUAAAAAGAACGGAAAAUAAAUUGCAUGCUUUAUGUGUACAGUACAUAGGGGGAGGAAAUACCCCUGAGCUUUUUACUGUACAUAAUUUUUGAAUGUGCCUUAAAUGCCUUCUUCCUCACACUAUGAAACACUUGUAUUUCCUGUAAGUAUAGCUUUAUAGACUUUAAUAACUUUGUUUUGUUUCCAUUUUCUUUCAAACCAAUAAGCACAGUGUCCCUUUUUAAGCUCUUUACUUGAUUUCUGUGAGAAUUUUAAGUAUCGUGUUUAAAAAAAAGGGGGGAAAAAGGGAGCAGUUGUAUGAAAACUCUGCAGUCCUGAAGCUUCGUUCACUCCGUCUGUUGUUCAUCGCUUGUGUAAAUGCAGAAUUCCCUGUGUACGAUCUGCAGAUGCGGCAAAAUCGAAAGAUGGACGAAUUUUCUAGGAUGCCAGAGCUCUUGGACUGGUGAAAAAAAGCUCAGAAGCAGAAUGACAUCUUAUCUGACAACUGGAAUGUAGGUUUAAUAUUUGGGGACUUUUACACCUCAGCGUCACGAGACCCAUGAAUUUUUCAGUUCAUCCUAAAACUUGCAUCAAAAUAGACGCUUUCAAAUCGGAUGGAAGAAAAGACUUUGGUAAUUGUAUUAAGGUGUUGUCUAUGUACAGCUUGGUGGAAGGCAACUGUUUCCCGAGGGCUUUCAGAAAUCAGAGUAUUUUGCUAUGCAGUAUAAAUUGGGUUUUCUAGAGUGUUCCAAAGAUCAGAAUGAAUAUGUUUAAAAAAUAUUCCUGUUUCAAAUCAGCAGAUAUUUAUAUAGGUAUGUGCUUUACCAUAUCUCCUCCUGGCCAGAAGUUUAGAAUAUAUCCUCCAAAAAAAAGACGACAAGGACAGUGCCAUCUUUACAUUUCUAGUAAAGUGAGACAAAAUGGUGACUGUCCUCUUUGUAUCUUGUUUUUAUUUGGUUUCAUUUGUCCUGUGAAGCUUUUGUUUGAUGCGGAUGGUUUAAAAGUUUACCAUUGUAAUGAUUUUACCUUAAUUGUGGAAUAGUUUAUUAUUCUUUGUGAAGUUUUUUUACAUGUUGCCUUACAUUAAUGCCUUAGAUUGGCAUUUGUAUUGAUUAUCUAUGCAGUCACAAAUCAAGAUUCUUUUUUUAAAUUUUUUUUUUUUUACCAAAGCUUAGUAUAUUGUUAAAAAAACAAUUAGGUAGAAGCUAAAUUCUUUGUUGUCUCUCUUAAGCACUUAUGUCAUGUUUUUUCCCCCUCUAAAACCCUCAAAGAAACCCAGUUUUCAUCUUUAUCUGCAAAGCUCGUUGUGAAGAGUCAGUUCAUACUUGUUUUAUUAAUAAAACAAAAUAAAAUCAUUUGGAUAUCUAAAGUGUUUUUGAUUUUAGCUGGGAAGUUAUUUGUAAAAAAAAAAU